GCAACACUUUUUCAGUCUCCAUCUUUUUUCGCACAGAAAAAAUCCAAGCUUGUGAAAAUUUGACAAAGGCGGAAAAGUGCAUAGUUCUUAAAAUAUAAUUAUUGUGUAGCAAAAAAAGUUCAAUUACUAAAAAUGCCAAGAGAUUAUGAUCGGGAUUACAAUGACGAUACCACAGAUUACAAAAGAAAAAGGCGCACAGACGAUGAAACCGGCGGUGGAAGUAAUACCGGAGCUGGCAGCAGCGGUGACAUGGAUGGGCAUGGACGCGGACAAGAUCAUGGACAAGCAAUGCAAUCUCAUGACGCCCCACCGUUAAACGAAAAAACAAACUCUUAUCUUGAGCAAUGCGAACAAGAAAAGAAAACGCUUGCCAAAGAUCACACUGUUUGUAAGCGCUUAAUAGACGACGAAAUUGAGAAAAUUUUGGUUAGUGGACGCAUACCAAAGCCGGAAAUUUACGCAAACGUUUAUAGUGAAAAACCAAUACGUGUUGCCCAAAAAGUAUUAUUCCCUAUUAAGGAAUAUCCGAAAUUUAAUUUUGUUGGAAAAAUUCUGGGACCAAAAGGCAAUACUUUGCGUCAACUACAAGAAGAGACAUUUUGCAAAAUGGUCGUUAUGGGCCGUAAUUCAAUGCGCGACCACGCCAAAGAGGAGGAGUUGCGCAACUCUGGAAAUCCAAAGUACGCACAUCUUAGUCGUGAUUUACAUGUGGAAAUUUCAACGGUAGCGCCACCUUCGGAAGCUUAUCAUCGUUUGGCAUAUGCAUUGGCUGAAAUUCGAAAGUUUAUGAUACCGGAUGCCAAUGACGAUAUACGCAUGGAACAAAUGCGUGAAAUGGACGGCAAAGAGCGUAUGUACAAAAAAACUCAUUACUCGAAAUCAUACGGUGAGCAUGCUGUCUAUAGCUGUCGUACGCCGCCACCUCCUGCAUUUGAGAAAUCAUCGAAGCCGAAGGUUUACUCGAUUCUAGAGAAAGCACGUUAUGUUAUGGAGGAUCCAGGUUAUGGUCUAGUAAAAUCUCACAGAACACGUGAUCAUGAAUUGUACGAGCAUCAUGGUGAAUAUGAUCGCUAUACGCCACCACCACCAUCCAAACAUUCAAGUACCCAUCAUGCACCAUACGAAAGUGGUUCAUAUGAGCGUGACUACCGUCGCGAAUAUCAUCCGCACUCAUCCUCCUAUACAGCUGCUUAUCCAGCUAAACCAAGCAACGGUCGAUCUUCAUCGUCAUACCGACCUGCAACAUCGGGAUCGCACUCUUCCUCACACUACGAAGCAGGAUCUCGCUCACGCGGAGAAAGCGUACGUUACCGUUCGGCACCAUAUCCGAAAUUACGUUAAAAAUGCAAAUAUAAAAAGUAUUUUACACGUCAAGAGAACAACACUUUUCAAAAUGAAUUAGAAAACCAACCG